GCCAUUGUUUGCGUCUGUGUGUUCGUCCCGGAAUUUUUUGCUAUAGGGAGCCUAUAUGUUGAAGGCGCACCCCGUGGCCUUCAAAUUUUGUUGUAAGGACAAAUUGCCUGUAGAAUCCAAAAAUGAAAAAAAAAUAAGAGGGUGUAUCUAAAUGUAAAUUGUAUGGACAGGAAAAUACUAUUUGAUCCGUUUUUUACUCAUAAUAUCACCCUCCAAAAUGUCAUGUCAAUUCUGCCAAAGUUACAGAGCUGGUACCGUACAAGGUCUGGUAGAAGAUCUAAAACGUGGUAUGGAAAUAACAAAAAACACUAAUUACCCUUCUGCGGCCAUAACAUCUAGUUGCGAAUUAUUCAGGAGGUUUAUCACAUUAUCCAUUAACGAUAGCAAUACUUUUGCUCAAUGUCAGAAUGUUAUGUUGGACAGAGGAAACUUGUUCUUAAAUAAAUUAAAUGCAUCUAGGGAUAAAAUCAAGAAGCUGGCUUCGCAAUUCAUUAUUGAUGGCUGUAGAAUUUUAACACAUUCAAGGUCCAGAGUUGUGCUCCAUACUUUAAUAGAAGCAGCUCAACAAAAUAAAUACUUUGAGGUAUUCGUUACCAUGUCUGCGCCUGAUGAUAGUGGGGAAAGGAUGUACAACGAUUUGAGAGAGCACAAAAUACAAUGUACUCUGAUAACGGAUGCUGCCAUUGGGUACAUAAUGGAAUCUAUAGAUUUUGUAAUGGUGGGUGCUGAAGCAGUUGUUGAAAGUGGAGGUAUUGUGAACAAGAUUGGCAGUUAUACAAUGGCACUGUCUGCAAAGGCUAUGAACAAGCCGUUUUAUGUACUAACAGAAAGUGUAAAGUUCUCUAGGCUAUUUCCAUUAAAUCAAGGUGAUUUACCUGACGAAUAUAAGUAUUUAUCAGUAAAACGUAGCGGUGAUUUAAGCAAAGAACAUCCACUCGUUGAUUAUACUCCUCCUUCUUAUAUUACGCUUUUAUUUACAGAUUUAGGAAUUUUAACACCUUCAGCUGUAAGUGAUGAACUUAUUAGAUUGUAUCUAUGAUUUGUAAAUCAAUAAAUGCUUUUCGUUAUA